AUGAGCAACGAAUCAAAUAAGAGUGACGGUAGUGGUGUAUCAACUGAUGAUGAUGAUGAUGAUAAGGUUGAUAUUGUAGAGAAAAAGGAGGAGGAGGAGAAAGAAGAGAUAAAGGAGGAAAAAGAGAAAAAGGAGGAGGAGGUUGAAGCGAUUAUAGAGACUGCUACUACUACACAUACGAGUGAAGAUACUAAAAAGGAGGAGAAGAAGGAGAAAGAGGAAGAAGACCCAUUUAAAUAUUUAUUAGAUAGCGAUGAAGAAAAGAAACAAGAGAAGGAUUGGUAUUAUGUCAAUUCGAGCGAUAUUGAGCAGGGACCGUAUACGUUCAAUCAGAUGCUCUAUUGGUUCAAAACAAAGUAUUUAAAGACCAAUCAACAAGUGAGACACGAAAAUCAACAUAAAUACUAUGCAAUCAUAUCGAAUCCAUUGUUUAAUAUACCUGCUAGCAGCGACAAUACUACAUCAACAUCAACAACAACCGAUAAUACUACUACAAUAGUGGAUAAUAAUACUACAACCACUGCAGACUACAACCCUUAUACGCAAACAACAACACCAUACGACAAUUAUUAUUAUUCAUCAAUGUACAGUACAACACCCGAUGCAACAUCAUCAUCAUCAACUACCCCUUAUUCAAACAACAACAGAUAUCAUCCAUAUGGAACUCAACAAUAUUAUAGUACACCGCAACAACAACAACAACAACAACAAUUUAAAGACUAUGAAGUUAGUGGUACAUUUAACAAAAGAACAGGUAGAUUUGAUGGAAGUGGAAGAUCAACAGGAUCAUGGCAAUCACAAGAAGAAAGAAUCAAUGCUCAUUAUUUUGACCUAGAUGAUUACAACAAACAAAUGAACCAAUUAAAGAACCAACAACAACAAUACCAACAAAAGAAACAACCAAAUAAACGAUAG